AGUGCUUCGUAAAUCAACAAUUGGCUGCUGCUGCUGGAGGAAACGAGCGGUUUGUUUGCUGUUUGUCUGUUAGUUUGUGUUUAGUCCACGCGCCACGUCUGCUUGCUGAAUUUUCAGAUCAUAUGUUUUUGCAUGUCAUCAUUUGUUGGGCCAGCUUGUGGAAACUUUAUGGAGUUUAAACACAGAUUGCCGUUUCAUUCACGAAGACUUCAGUAAACGGCACUGAGGACUGCUGUCUAAAAGGUGAAAAUGGCUGCUGAUAUGUUAUUGGUGAGGGGAAUCAACCGAUUUAGAAAAAUUAGAUUUGGAGGAGGUCAAAAACAAGUCAGUUUUCUCACAUCUCACCUGAGAGGACAGGUCAGCUGCGGUCUCCAAACUGCCCCCAGUUUUAGUGGCGUUAUGGGUGUUUUUGGGAGGGACCGAUGUUUGUGGAGGCUGUUUGGAAAGAUUCGUCCAACCCAACAGCACAUCUACAGUCAGAUCUGUUUCUUCCACCAGGAUCACAGUUAUCACAGCGCAUUGAAAAGUGAAGGGGUCAAAGUGGUUAAAGCAGAUUCCAGAAAACACAACCAAAAGCUAAGUGAAAGUGCAAGAGAGAGAAAAAUGCCAGUCACAAGGCUUGGAAGAUUGGUGAACUUUGGAGGAUUAGCUGUUGGCCUGGGCAUUGGAGCCAUUGCUGAAGUGGCCAAGAAGAGUUUUGCAUCUCGGGAUAAUUCAGGACAGAAAAAAGCCAUUCUCGACUCAAGCCCGUUCAUAUCAGAAGCCAAUGCUGAAAGGAUUGUUCGGACGCUGUGCAAAGUGAGAGGAGCCGCUCUUAAACUGGGACAGAUGCUUAGCAUUCAGGACGAUGCUUUUAUAAACCCUCAGCUUGCCAAGAUCUUCGAGCGGGUUCGACAGAGCGCCGACUUCAUGCCUGCCAAGCAAACGAUGAAAAUGGUUGUCAGUGAUCUGGGUCCAAACUGGAAGGAUCAUCUGGAGUAUUUCGAGGAGCGUCCGUUUGCAGCUGCAUCCAUCGGACAGGUUCAUCUCGCUCGCAUGAAGGACGGCAGAGAAGUGGCCAUGAAAAUCCAGUAUCCAGGAGUGGCGAAGAGCAUCAGCAGUGACCUCAACAACCUGCUGACUCUCCUCAACAUCAGCCAUGCUCUGCCUGAAGGUCUGUUUCCUGAGCAUCUGAUUGAGGUCAUGAGCAGAGAACUGGCCCUCGAGUGUGAUUAUAUUCGGGAGGCCAAAUGUGCCAAAAAAUUCCAGCAGCUACUGAAGGGUCAUCCGUUUUUCUCAGUGCCGAAUGUUGUGGAUGAAUUGAGCAGUAAACACGUCCUCACCACAGAGCUGGUGUCCGGUUUCCCUCUGGAUAAAGCUGAAGAUCUGCCACAGGAGCUUAGGAAUGAGAUUUGUGAGCAGAUCCUGAUCCUGUGUUUGCGUGAGCUUUUUGAGUUUCGAUAUAUGCAGACGGAUCCAAACUGGUCCAAUUUCUUCUUCGAUCCUCAAACACACAAGGUCGCGCUGUUGGACUUUGGAGCCACGAGAGGCUUUGAUGCAAGUUUUACAGAUACAUAUAUUGAGAUUAUUAAGGCUGCUGCAGACAGGAACAGAGAGGGAGUUUUACAACGCUCGAUUGAUAUGAAAUUUCUGACCGGAUACGAGUCAAAGUCAAUGGAGAAUGCUCACGUGGAUGCGGUGAUGAUCCUCGGAGAAGCAUUUUCAUCAGACGAGCCGUUUGAUUUUGGAUCUCAGAGUACGACUGAACGGAUCCACCGUCUGAUUCCCGUGAUGCUGAAGGAGCGCCUGACUCCACCGCCUGAGGAAACCUACUCCCUGCACCGCAAAAUGGGAGGAUCCUUCCUCAUUUGCUCCCGUCUGAAGGCCCAGAUCUGCUGCAAGAACAUGUUUCAGGAGGCCUACGCCAAAUACUGGAGAGAGAGACAAGGAAAACGCUCAAUCAGCAGCGUAGAAGAAUCCAAAACUAUCAAAGACAUAACGCUGAAAUGAUGAUUAUGCACUUUGUUUGACCUUUUCCUCUCUGUUUACUGCAUCAUUGGGUGCUGAUGAAUUUCUAUAUACUUCAAUAAUGUCAU